GAUCGCCAUCCCACGACAGCCUACCCGGAGGAGAGGAGUCAGGGAGGACACACCCGCACAGACUGUACGCGGUGUACACGGCAAAAGGAUGCUGCAGAUAACAUGAGAUGAAAAUCACCAUCAGCUGUCCUGAACUGGAAAGUAUUUUUUCCACCAAAGAUUCAAGACCUGUUUAUUUCAGCUGGUUCCUGAGUGGGAGCAUCACCUCUCCACUGGAAAUGAAAAAGAAACCUGCAGUCCAAUCUUAGGUGACACCCUGCAGCCGUCAGGUCCUUACGGCAUCGAGCCCCCUCCCUCUCCUGGCUCUCACCUGCAGUUCUCCAGGCUGCAGGACACAGACUUGCUGAAAAGUGCAGGCCUCCUCCCCCUGCAGAAUGACUGUCGCCACAGGCGACCCCUCCGACGAGGCGGCUGCACACCCGGGGCACCCGCAGGACUACGACCCAGAGGCCGACCAUGAGUGCUGCGAGAGGGUGGUCAUUAACAUCUCAGGGCUGCGCUUUGAGACACAACUCAAAACCCUCUCCCAGUUUCCAGAAACUCUGCUGGGGGACCCCAAAAAGAGGAUGCGCUACUUUGACCCGCUGCGGAACGAAUACUUUUUCGACAGGAACAGACCCAGCUUUGAUGCCAUAUUGUAUUAUUAUCAAUCAGGGGGCCGGUUGAGAAGGCCGGUAAAUGUCACCCUUGAUAUUUUCUCAGAGGAGAUUCGUUUCUAUGAGCUGGGGGAGGAGGCCAUUGAGAUUUUCAGAGAAGACGAAGGUUUCAUCAAGGAGGAGGAGCGGCCUCUGCCCGACAACGAGUUUCAGAGACAGGUGUGGCUUCUGUUUGAGUACCCAGAGAGCUCAGGCCCUGCCAGGAUUAUUGCCAUCAUCUCCGUCAUGGUCAUCCUCAUUUCUAUUGUCAGCUUCUGCUUGGAGACACUGCCCAUUUUUCGCAAUGACGAGGACGAAAUGCACAAGUCUCAAGCAAAAGUAUUUUCACCCGAGACCAACAGCACGAUAAUCAGUUACACAUCCACCUACUUCACCGACCCUUUCUUCGUUUUGGAGACUCUUUGUAUAAUAUGGUUCUCCUUUGAAUUUUUAGUGCGCUUCUUCGCCUGUCCAAGCAAAGCAGGUUUUUUUGGUAACUUAAUGAACAUUAUUGAUAUUGUCGCUAUCAUCCCUUACUUCAUCACUCUUGGCACGGAGCUGGCAGACAGAGCAGAGGAUGGUCAGGCGGGUCAGCAAGCCAUGUCUUUAGCCAUUCUCAGGGUCAUUCGGUUAGUACGAGUCUUCAGAAUCUUCAAGCUGUCUCGUCACUCCAAGGGGCUUCAGAUUUUGGGUCAGACCCUGAAAGCCAGCAUGAGAGAGCUCGGCCUUCUCAUUUUCUUCCUCUUCAUCGGGGUCAUCCUCUUCUCCAGUGCGGUGUACUUUGCCGAAGCAGAUGAGCCUGAAUCGCAGUUUGAGAGCAUACCAGAUGCAUUUUGGUGGGCUGUGGUGUCCAUGACUACAGUCGGCUAUGGCGAUAUGGUCCCAACUACGAUUGGUGGCAAGAUCGUUGGCUCCCUUUGUGCCAUCGCAGGUGUGCUGACCAUAGCCUUGCCAGUGCCUGUCAUUGUGUCCAACUUUAACUACUUCUAUCACCGUGAGACCGAGGGUGAGGAGCAGGCUCAGUAUCUGCAGGUUAACGUGCCUAAAGCCGAUUCAGCGGAGGAGCUAAAGAAGAGCCGGAGUGGCUCCACCAUCAGCAAAUCGGACUACAUGGAGAUCCAGGAGGCUGUAAACAACAGCAACGAGGACUUUCAGGAGGAGAAUCUUAAGACCGCUAACUGCACACUGGCCAACACAAACUAUGUAAACAUCACCAAGAUGCUCACUGAUGUAUAGCCUGCUACCUUCCUCCCCGUCAGAGUGGGAAAUGUGCAACCAAACAGGACAGAUGUACGCCCUGGAAAAGUCAAGGCAAUAGAAAACAGAAUGUUGAUGAUGGUAAAAGAAACAAAGAAACCUUUCCUCCUCCUUUUCUCACCCUGUCGUCACACAUUAACCCAAACUGUUAAAACAGGAAUUUAACAUUUUUGAAAUUUCUGCAAAGAGUUGGCUCUGUCAGAUAUCUCACACUGGUAAUAAAAAAAAACAACAACACUAUGUCCAUAAAUGUUUCUCACAGCUGUGGCCAACAUGUAGAUGAAAAAAGGAGGAGAUGCUGUUUAAAAACUGCCUAGAGUCCUUGAUCCUGACCGAUCCCAUCAUCCCUCAUUUCCCAAAGGCACACAGCUCCGGUGCGUGCUUUCCGAAGAGCCUGUCGUGCGCUACAUAUGCUGCUUCUUGGAGCCAAUGACACAAAACUGUCUUAUGCUUUACCAUUUUAAGAUAAAAGGAUGCGUGAGCAUAAAGCAAGCCCACUCUAGUGCUCAUUUGGCCCGUGGGUGACUUGUCACGAGUUUGGUGGUUUAGUAAACCAAGUCACAACAAGGAUGAAUGACAGCCGUCAGCUCUAAUCUGAUGGUUUGACACCUUUAUCUCCCUGUAGACAUCAGUAUCUGAUGAGUGACUGAAAAUGGCCUUGAAGUUUCACUGCUUUGGUCUUACAUGUACUGUAUGUAUUGCAAUGCAAGAUUUCCCACCACCAUUCACCCAAGCUGGUCUUGCUGCAGAGCUUUGAGACAACUUGAAUGUUUCUUCUCUCUCUCUUUUUUUUUUUUUUUUUUGUAUUUCACUGUUUCACCACUAGAACACAUAUCCUGAUAUACAGGUAGCUUAACUGUGACUUAUCUGAUAGGUAGGUAGGUGGUGUAAGUAGAAAACUUAGAUGACUGCAUGACAUUUUGGACUCAGUGAGAAGUUCCACCUGUUUCUCAACUGCCACUCGCUUCACUGUACAUUUGUCUGCACACUGCCUUGUGUACAAAUCCACACUUAUAAACGGAUGCUUGCAGGUGGCUGGUACAAAAACCUUGAAGCUGUAAGUCUGGGGUGGGGGGGGGGGUCUUUAGGAUUAAUUAUGAAGUCAGCAUCUACUCUUAACAUGAUAAUUGUAUCAGUAUUAACAUUCCAUGUAGAAGUCAUUACCGCUGAACAUGUAUCAAGUCGUGGUGAUUUGAUAUUGACUUCUUUCUUUCCACCACGUGCGAAAGCAUCGCAAAACGUACAACGCUACGGUGAAUGGUUUUCUUUUAUUUUCGAUUUGGAUGACAUCAUUAUGUUUCAAGUCUAUUACGCACAACGCUUCCAAAACACGCCGAACUCUGCAGUUUAGAUCGGGCCAGACAAGUCAAACACAAAAUCAGUGUAAAGCGUCUGGAAUCUUUCAAAAUAAGAGUCACGUGUAGUACGUCGUUCAUUGUGAAACCCUGUAGCCGAUGCAAACAGACCAGAAAAUGAACCACAGACCAUUUUGGAUACAGCUGUCUUUCUUCUUGGUUGUUGUUGCAUGGACUUCUGAAAUCAUGCGUGAUAUUAGGUUUUCUCGUGAUUUGACCUCACGGGAUCACCUGUGUGGAACGCUUUCACUCGCGGUUGGAAAGGAGCUUGUGGGUGAAAUACUAUUUCUUUUAAUGCCACUUUUGCGUCGGGUGGAAAGAAGGGGUCAUGGUCUUCUGCUCGACUUUGAACCCAAAUGUAGACUUGCAGCCUCGCAGUUGUGUCUUUUAUCACUGGUUUCACGUCCUCUUGAUAGACAUAGCAACUUUUAAGGAGUCGUGUAUAGAAAAAAUGCAAAGCUUCCCCUUUACCCGCCUUUCAUCUUGGUUUACGCUAUUCUGCUAGCCUUGCAUGAACAUAAAAAGAAAACUUCUAGCAUGUAUUUAAGCUCAAAGAAAAAGACGGGAAUACGGAAAUAAAUGUUGCUAUAGAUAUGUUAUACAUAAACCAGUAUAUCUCUACAGACAAAACACAUAUACAGCUCACAUAAAUAGUUUUUUGGAGAACUUAUAAACUUUAGAAAAUCAGUGUGUAAGAAAAAGUCACAGCUCAGCGCUGCUUUUUUUUUUUUUUUUUGUGGCAGUAAUUGCUCCGAGCACCGUUUCUCCUGUUCCAGAGCUCGUUCCGAGCACCAAAGACACACGCUCACUCGCCAUUUGUUUUACUUUAUGGUGAGUUUUUAGAAAACCGACACAUGCUCUGUGUCUAAACCAAGAAGUUUGCUUUACUCGACACAAAACUGCCCGGAGUGAAACAGCUUAAGUCAGAUUGUUGUUUAGAGCAUCUCCAACCUGCAUCUUUUAUGCAAAAGCUUUUUAUCGACAUCGAAUCCGUCAAAUUACAAAUGUCCUUUAGAAGCCAGAAGCUCAAUGUGUCUUUAAAUGUUGGCAUCAAAAGUGAAUUAGGUUCUGAUUCCAGGAUCAUGUCCAGCUAAGACUUUCGACAGUUUGCUCAACACUGCCAAGGUAGCAUUCAAAGGCAUUAACAUCAAUAUGGGAAGUGAUGAUUAGCAGCACUGUAGCAGAUGUUGUCUGACCUAAUAAUUGUCUGAUUUUCCUUUCAGUGUUUCUUGAAUUUCCGUAUCGUCUCACAGAUCUUCUACAUAUUCUAAAAGUGAGGGAUCAGGAGGACGUGUGGCGAGAACUGUCCCAUUGUUAGGGUUUGGUUUGGUUCACUACAGUCUCAACCUGCAGUAGCAAAAAUGUUCCAAUGCCAUCGCUGCCAGUAUAUGCUCAGGAUGCAUCAGCCAACUGCCUGACGAGAGGCUUUCGAAGUCAUCUCUGUCCAAAUCUGUAAGUUUUUAGAGAUGUUUUAAAUAUAUUUGAAAAGUGGUGAAUAGGGAUGCUAAAUGACUGAUAAAGGUAGAAUAUGAUGCAGUACUCUUUUCAGCAAUACACCCUUUUUUGGUGAAGGAAUCUGUAAAUGAAAUGAAAUGAAUUUGAAUCCAGCCACGACCCAGCUGGUCAGUCUGGUGGUGAUUUGGGUGGUACGGUGCACAUGGAGCUGUGGGUUGUGUGAUAGAAAGUGGACAACCACUGAAUGUCGGUGCCACGCAGUCAUGCAGCUGCAUUAAUGCAACAGCAAUUAGCAUAUAUGUAAAUGUGAUGGAGGGAAACAAAAAAAAAUCACAUUUUGACCAAAAAUUAUUGUCUAUGCAUGCAAAAGGCGCCUCAUCUUACGGUCUUCAUUCCCUUUCUGUGAGAAACAACGAUAAAUGUUACCGCCUUUAACAUUUAUCUGUCACGUUCAACGUGUUAGCAGACCUCUGCCAAAUUCGAUGUAGCAGCUCACGAACUGGGGAUCACAGCAUUGUAGUUCACCAUCUUGUUUUGUUCCUGCUUGAAGCACAACGAGGAGUAGAAGCAUCUGUAGGUUGAUGAAAGACGGCGUAGUAUGGUUUCAGAAGAGAACACCACGGCCUCGCAGAAGACCUUUUCUCACCAUGAGAACAGCUCCCUGCAGUGGCUCUACUGAGAAAUCUAUGCAGAUUGAUUAUAAGCUGGUUGUUUGUUCGUUUGUGUUUGUGGGAAUAGACGGUUUAAGAACAGAUUUUUAUUCAUGUUUUUUCUGUUUCGUGCUGUGUCAAAGAGCUGGCAGAACAGUUGAAAAGAAUCUCAGCAAGGAUUUUCUGCUCCAAGUUGAGCGCUAAUAAUGUCAGCUGAAGGUGAGCGUUAGCUCUCUGAGCUUCAGGUUCCUUUGAAGGACUGUGUCAGUGCUUUGCAGCAAGCCCCUUAUUUAGAAUUCAUCCGUAUGAGAAGCAGGAUACAAACGUGUGUGUGUGUGUGUGUGUGUGUGUGUGUGUGUGUUUCUUGUGACCCUGACAGUGUUGCAUCCACUGAAACGAUAUGUAUAGCCACUCACCUCACCCUCGUCCUCCCGCAUCAGAGGCCUAAAAAUACACAAAGAUGCUGAUGCGGUGGAUGAUGGAUUUUCUUUCUGUGAAAUGAAAUGUGACGGAAUAAUGUACAUAAUUAUCUGAUGGAAAAAACAAAACAUGAACUCCAUGCUGUAUGUGAUGUUUGGACUAAAAAAAUAGGAUUAUCUGCACUUUAUGAAAGGAGGGACAAUCUACAGACGGGAAAACCAAUGCGGAACAAAAAAUAAAAAAACAUCUACAAUCCUUCCAAACUAUCAUAACCAUGACAAAGUGAUAAUAAUGAAGCCAAUAAUGAUUCAAACAAAGCUGUUUUGUGUGUUUUUUGUGUCGUCUGCUCUUUCUUUGCUCAAACACUAUUUCCUUUUUAUUCCAACGUGUGUUAAACACAAGCAAACGUGUGUUUUCAGAUGUUUCACCAACCUUUUUCUCCUCCACAUCACAAUGUUUGCAAGGUCUGCAAAAGAUAUGAGGAUCUAAUUUUAGCCUAAGAGCAUCUGUGCUGAUAUAAAUGCCACAAAUCUGUCAAAGGCCCGUUUGUUGUUAUUCUUAGGACAGCCAGCGUCUUUGUAGCCACAGGCAGUGUGGAGGACAUUUUCAAACACCUCCCGGUAUCUUCUGCUUCUGCCUCCCUUUAAGUGCACAGUAUAUGCUCUCUGCAGUUUAAAAGAGAGAGAGAGCAGGGGGUUCUAUUAAUAGCCUUUUUUAUUGGAGAAAGAGGUGGAAGGAAGAGGAGGAGGAGGAAUCUAAGCAGAGACGGAGACGGGAAGAAAAGGGAGAAAAAUAUGCCUGUUUGGUCAGAUUCAUGAACACAUUUUUUAUAAACAUUUGUGAUCAAUUAUUAUAGGAAAUCACACAAAAUAAAUAGCCUUUUGAGGGAAAGUAAUGGUUUGUCUUUGAAAUGAUCACUUGAUGCAAAAAAACCUACUUUUACAUUUGAAGUAAGAUCGUUGUUAUUGAGGUUGUGUUUUACUCCUGGGUUUUUGGUGAUGUGUCGAUUGCACUAGCCCAGUCUUCUCACCUCAUACACCUAAAACUUUGGUCUUUGGUCAGCUCGUAGUUAACAAAUCCAUGCACUGUGAGCAGAAAACACUCGGGGACUCGAUGCCACAUAGCACUGCUGUAGUCAUUAGUCUGGCUCUGAUCUAGCAAUGCACUGCAGCUCUCUCUGCAGAAACCAGGCCAAACGUGGAGAGACAGAUGGGAUCGAGCCGCCCAACCAAGGAGGCUGUGCUGCUGCAGGUGUCCAACAGUAUGCACAGCACUGUUGUUGUUAUUGCUGAAGUGGUGUGAGUGGCUAUGGUGUUUAUAUGGGAUGGUCGCAUGCCCAUGGGAGCAUGGCUCAGCGCUCACACAGGCUUUCACUGUACUUACCAGCUUGUAAUUAGUAAAGGAGUGCUGUGGGACUUGGAGAUAAUCCAACAGGGCUGCCCUGACACCCCGCCAUCAAAAGAAGGUCAGCUUUACAAAUCCUGAGUGUUGAACUCAGAUCUUUGGUUAGGUGGAGCAGUAAGUUAAUGUUGUGGUUUAAUUUGGUGGGAAUAAAAUUUCAAGUGAUUCAGGAAGAAUUUUAGCUCAAGGUUCAGUCACAAGAAAAGGGGAGUAUGACUGCCCUCUAGAGGCAGCAUCAGGGUAACUACAGCUUUAGCUGACACCGGACACCAGGUCUCACUCUGGUGCCACUUCUUAUUCCAGGAUUUCCGUCAGUGUCCUCUCAGUGCCAUAUGGAUAAUUAGCAUUCCCAUUCACCAGCACACACCCCUUUCUCUGACCCUAUGGGGUGACAAAUGAGCCACGUUAAGGUAAGCCAAGCAUGAACAGAAUGAUAAACCUAUUUAAGUACAACAAACAGAUGCUCAGGAUCAGUGAACCAGGAGAGCAGAUCAGAAAAAAACAAAGAUCAGAUGUGGGCGAAGAGAGAGGCUA